GUAUGCUAAUCAUAGUUUCAUCGCAAAAUUGUUACUUUUUUUUGGCACCUAAUACUAUUGUGACAAGCUUGUGUUUAUCAGCAGCAAACAUACAGAAAAUCCUGAAAAUGAAUUGAAGCUAAAAAAAAAACAACCCUAAAACAGUUGCAGUAGGUUUUUUGUCCAUGCUAUUUUUUUUUUUUUUCAAAAUCUCUUCUGCCUCCUAUCUACACAUUGUCUGCGGAAGAUCAAAUCCUAUGAGUGCACAGAUGAGAAGAUAGAAUAAUGUUUUCUGUGGCGUGGUCUUUUGUAUAAACACAGAAACAAUUAAGGAGCUUGCCAGAGCAAACACACGCCUCAUGAACUUCUCAUCCGCCCAUCACCGAGGUCUAUGGAAAUGCAGGAUCUAGCCAGUCCUCACAGCCGAGUAAGUGGAAGCAGCGAAUCUCCUAAUGGUCCCAACCUCGACAACUCGCACAUCAAUAACAAUUCCAUGACCCCCAAUGGCACAGAAGGUGAUAACAUCACAAUGCUUACCACUGCAGACUGGUUGUUAGGUUCUAACUCACAGUCUACAGCAGUUAAAACAGAACCAAUGAGCAGCAGUGAAAUCGCCUCUUCAGUCACAGACUCCGCUUUAGACAGCUUCUCAGGAUCAGCUAUUGGAACCAGUGGCUUCAGCCCAAGACAAACUCACCAGUUCUCUCCGCAGAUCUACCCGUCCAACAGGACAUACCCACAUAUUCUGCCCACUCCUUCGUCUCAAAACAUGGCUGCGUACGGGCAGACGCAGUACACCACAGGAAUGCAGCAGGCUGCAGCAUAUGCGAGCUAUCCUCAGCCUGGCCAGCCCUAUGGCAUCCCUGCUUAUGGUCCAUUGUGGGCAGGCAUAAAGACCGAGGGGGGUCUGAGCCAGUCCCAAUCCCCGGGUCAGACGGGCUUCCUGAGCUACGGCUCUGGCUUCACCACACCACAGACGGGACAGGCCCCUUACAGUUACCAGAUGCAGGGUGGUUCUUUCACAACAACAUCAGGGUUGUAUGCAGGAAACAACUCUUUGACAAACUCGACAGGCUUUAACAGCACACAACAGGACUACCCCGGUUAUCCAAGCUUUGGCCAGGGUCAGUAUGCUCAGUAUUACAACAGUUCACCGUAUACCUCCCCCUACAUGACAAGUAACAACACCAGCCCCAGCACGCCUUCCACCACCACAACAUACACUCUCCAGGAGCCUCCAGCUGGCAUCACCAGCCAAGCCCUUACAGACAACCCUGCAGCAGAGUACAGCACCAUCCACAGUCCAUCAACCCCCAUUAAAGAUUCAGAUUCGGAUCGAUUGCGCCGGGCCUCGGAUGGAAAGUCACGUGGGCGUGGAAGAAGGAACAACAACCCAUCACCACCGCCCGACUCUGACCUUGAGCGAGUUUUCAUCUGGGACCUGGAUGAAACAAUCAUCGUUUUCCAUUCCUUGCUCACGGGGUCCUAUGCCAACAGAUAUGGACGGGACCCUCCGACAUCUGUAUCAUUAGGACUAAGGAUGGAAGAAAUGAUUUUCAACUUGGCAGACACACACUUAUUCUUUAACGACUUAGAGGAAUGUGACCAGGUACAUAUCGAUGAUGUGUCUUCAGACGAUAACGGCCAGGAUCUAAGUACGUAUAACUUCAGCGCUGAUGGUUUCCACGCAGCCGCUACGAGUGCCAACCUGUGUCUGGCCACAGGCGUGCGGGGAGGCGUGGACUGGAUGAGAAAACUGGCUUUCCGCUACAGACGAGUAAAAGAAAUCUACACCACCUACAAAAAUAACGUUGGAGGUCUGCUUGGCCCUGCCAAAAGGGAAGCCUGGUUGCAAUUGCGAGCAGAAAUUGAAGCCUUGACGGACUCCUGGUUAACACUGGCACUGAAAGCACUAACAUUAAUCCACUCAAGGUCAAACUGUGUGAAUAUCCUUGUGACCACCACGCAGCUCAUCCCGGCCCUGGCCAAGGUCCUGCUCUACGGCUUGGGAGUCGUCUUCCCUAUAGAGAAUAUUUAUAGUGCAACAAAAAUAGGGAAGGAAAGCUGCUUCGAGAGAGUAAUUCAAAGAUUCGGGAGGAAAGUUGUUUACAUUGUUAUCGGAGACGGGGUGGAAGAAGAGCAAGGCUCAAAAAAAGCACAACAUGCCCUUCUGGAGAAUCUCCAGCCAUUCGGACCUCAUGGCCCUCCACCACGCUCUGGACCUGGAGUACUUGUAGCACUGCAGCAACGCCACAGAAACAGCCCUCUCUGCGCAUCGAGACAGCGAGCAACCUUUCACCUUCGCCCUCCAGCCUCCAUCCCAUGCUUUGCUGUGGCCUCCAGAGCAACAGAGAGCUCCCCCUACACACACACACACACACACACACACACAACCCCACCCCUUCCUCGUGUGCACCCGGCAUCUGUCUUUCGCUGCAAUGAAAGAAAAAAGAAGAAGAGAGUGGAGGGGAAAAAGAAGCACGCGGUUAAUGUGCUGACACGGAGUCACACAUCGUCUUAACCCUGAAACUUUUUUGUGCUUUUUUUUUUAUUAUUUUAUUUUUUUUCUUCCUUUUCUGCGACACAAAGAACGGGGAGUGAAAGGGGGAAUUUACGGCGCAGCAGCUGCUUGCCCCGGUUACUGUGAAUCGGCCGCUUUCUGAAGCUGUCAAAGUGUUUUACGGCCUCCUCCACACCUUCCCGUCUGCGCCGGGGCUCCUUCAGGUUUCACACCUUUGGAGCCGAGCGCAGCUACUGACGGCCUUCCCCCCCGUCCCGCCCCCCCACCGCAGCCGCCGCCGCAGAACUCAGCGUCAGCCGCUUUCUCCUGGUCCUCUGCUCUGCGCCACUUUUCUUCUGAUUCAUCAGCCUUUGCGUCUCCCCUCUGUGUACGUAGACAGACAGACUGCUUGUGAUUUCUGUCCGCCUCAGCGUGGGAGUCCUGUGCUUCUUAUUUAUGAACAGACUUUGCGAGUGGCCGCAGCCGCCGCCACCGAGAAGGUACCUCCACGACAAAAAGACUUGUGCCUUUUACAAACAAACACCGAGAGGAAGACAUUUAUGGAAGAAUCAAAAAAUAAAAAAAAAGAUAAUAAAAAAUAAAAGGGGGUUUUCUAAUAAUUUAAGAAAAUUAACAAAAAGGUUAUUUACAUUGCUGAGACAAUCGUGUACAGAGGAAAUCCUUUUUUUUUUUUUUUUUUUUUCUGUGUGUAAGUUUGUAAUCACUGGACUAUUCCUUCCUAUAAUCAUUUAGGUAAACGCUCUUGAAAGUUGGCUUUGCUUUUUUUAAUUGAAGUAAAACAAUAAAGGCAUUAAAUUGCCCACAAGCUUAUGGAGGAGACCUGAAAGUGUUGGAUGCAUUCAAGUUGAGUCUGAUUUAAAAAAAAAAAAAAAACAACAACAACAUUGUAGAUAAUGGGAUUGUGUGAUCAAUUGUUCGUCAAGACCAAAAGCAUGGAUAUUAAAGUGUCAAGGAGCUUUCCUUUGA